AAGUAAUCCCACCUGUGCAGAAAGCCUCGCGGGGGUCCUGAAAACAUGCAGCGGAUGCAUCGGUGUUCACAGCUCCUGUCCUGGUUGCAGUUGUGUGGCAUCAUGUGGUUCCUGACGUUCGUCUGCACGUUGACAGCUGUUGGUGGUGCCCCCACACAACUAACCCAGGGGGCCACCGGGAACCUUACAGUCGCCGUCGUCCCGCAGAAUGUGACUAAUCCCACAGCAGAUCCAGUGACGUCAAUGCUCAAGCCGAAUGGAACCAGUGCAGAGACCUUAGAAGACUUUCGCGGAAACAGACUUGUCGGAGAGGGAGAUAUUCUGAUUUCGGAGGACAGGAAUGCCGUGAGCAACCUGUGGCUUGACGCCAUCAUGCCGUACGCCAUCAGCAGUGAGCUGGCUAAUCGAGAGUCUCACAUCCUCGAUGCCUUUAAGAUGAUCUCGGAUGCCUCGUGCAUCCGCUUUGAACCGCACACUACACAGUUGAAUUACAUCGAGCUCUCUGAGGGCCGCGGCUGUGCCUCCUUCGUCGGUUGUCAAGGAGGAGCUCAGCCGGUGUACAUGACCGACGAAUGCAGCACGGGCAACCUUUGCCAUGAGAUCCUUCAUGCCCUGGGACUGCAUCACGAACACACCCGCAGGGACCGCGACCAGUACGUCUCUGUGCAGUGGGAGAACAUCGCGCCAGGGAAAAAGGGGAACUUCAAGAUUGUAUCUGGAGAGACGCUGAACCUGCCGUACGACCUUGAAUCCAUAAUGCACUACGGAAAGAAUUAUUUCAGUAAAGAUGGAUCUCCAACCAUGUUGCCCAAGCAGAGUGCACCGCUUCUCGGUCAGAGAAAACGUCUCAGCCAGCUGGAUAUAAAGCGACUGAACCUACUCUACCACUGUGAUGACCGGACUCAAGAGCAGUGAGCGGAAAUGACCAUGACCUGUAUUUGAUUCAAUAAAAUUAUUUAAAUCCUG